CAAGGCCAAAACAGUGCCACGGUUUUAUUCCUGUUGCAUCAGUUUAAUUAGCUUUAACUGACGCUAUUUUAGUAAAGUUUUCUUAACAUGUUUUGGACAAACCUCCAUGAAAGAAAAGCAAAAGACUUGUAAUUCUUGUGGAUCCACACUGUGGCGCUGAAUUCCCUCUUUACCAUUUGUACGGCUGUGUACAGAGCAGAGCGCAACUGGGGAACCUGGAAGCUCACUAAAUCUUAAAGCAAAUCCCUUUAGCUGCGAGUUAACAUGGCUCGAAUGAUCUCUGCGGGAAGUUUCAGGAAAUGCAACAGCGUCCCAGGCUAGCGGCUGUGUGUACUUCAAGGUGUCUGUGGGAGUCGAACAGGGAAACAACUGCGCAUUCUUUCACACGGUCAAGUGGCACCAUGGAUGACAACAGCCUCAAUGACUCAAAUGUAAAGGUCGCUGUUCGUGUGCGACCAAUGAACAGGAGAGAAAAAGACCUAAAAACAAAAUGUGUGGUGGAGAUGGAGGGGAAUCAGACAUUUCUGCAUGCAGCCAUCACCAACAGGAACAAAGCAGACCCCCGGAAUCAGCCAAAGGUUUUUGCAUAUGAUCACUGUUUUUGGUCCAUGGAUGAAUCUCAAAAAGACAAGUUUUCAGGUCAGGAUGUUGUAUUCCAGUGCCUUGGGGAGAGCCUGCUGGACAACGCCUUCAUGGGCUACAACGCCUGCAUCUUUGCUUAUGGACAAACAGGCUCUGGGAAGUCGUACACCAUGAUGGGCUCAACAGAGCAGCCUGGUCUGAUCCCUCGGCUCUGCAGUUCCCUGUUCAGCAGGACUGUGCAGGAGGCCUGUGAAGGAGAAAGCUUCACUGUGGAGGUCUCCUACAUGGAGAUUUACAAUGAGAAGGUCAGAGACCUGCUUGACCCCAAAGGAAGUCGACAAGCGCUGAGAGUGAGAGAGCACAAAGUUUUGGGGCCUUAUGUUGAUGGCCUGUCCCGCCUGGCUGUGGCCAGCUACAAGGACGUUGAAUCUCUGAUGUCAGAGGGAAAUAAAUCUCGCACAGUGGCAGCCACAAACAUGAAUGAAGAGAGCAGCAGAUCACAUGCUGUGUUCAACAUCAUCCUCACACACACACUCAUGGACCUACAGUCUGGGACGAGUGGAGAGAAGGUAAGCAAGCUGAGUCUGGUGGAUCUGGCAGGCAGUGAACGGGCAGCAAAGACCGGAGCAGCAGGGGAAAGACUGAAAGAAGGGAGCAACAUCAAUAAGUCUCUGAGUACUCUAGGUUUAGUUAUCUCUGCCUUGGCUGACCAUGGAGCAAGGAAGAACAAGAGCAAGUUUGUUCCAUACAGAGACUCUGUGCUCACCUGGCUGCUCAAGGACAGCUUGGGAGGGAACAGCCGCACAGCCAUGGUUGCCACCAUCAGCCCAGCAGCGGACAAUUACGGUGAGACGCUGUCUACCCUGCGUUACGCCGACAGGGCAAAGAACAUCAUCAACCACGCUGUGGUCAACGAAGACCCCAAUGCCAGGAUCAUCCGAGAGCUGCGGGAGGAAGUGGAGAAACUGAGAGAGCAGCUCACAGAGGCUGAGUCUAUGAAAGCACCAGAGCUGAAGGAACGGCUGGAGGAAUCAGAGAAACUGAUCCAAGAAAUGACAGUAACCUGGGAGGAGAAACUCAGGAAGACUGAGGCUGUUGCACAGGAACGUCAGAGGCAGCUAGAGAGCCUGGGAAUUUCUCUGCAGACUUCUGGAAUCAGAGUGGUAGAUGACAAGUGUUUCCUUGUCAACCUUAAUGCUGACCCUGCUCUCAACGAGCUACUGGUCUACUACCUGAAGGAGCACACAAACGUGGGCUCAGCCAACUCACAGGACAUCCAGUUGUGUGGGAUGGCCAUCCAAACUCAGCACUGCGUCAUCGACAUCACUGAAAACAAUGGUGUGGUGCUCACUCCUCACUGCAAUGCUCGAACAUGUGUGAAUGGUGCUGCAGUCACCAGUCCAGUCCAGCUUCAUCAUGGUGACAGAAUUCUGUGGGGUAACAACCACUUCUUCAGGAUCAACUUGCCCAGGCAUAUGAUCCAUGCAGGGGGUGAGGAUGAGGACGGCAGUGCUGUAAUGAAGACCAGCUUGAGCACCGACCGGUUGGAGGUGGAAUUUGAAGCAUCCAGCGAUGUGUCAAGUGAGCUGAGCUUCAGUUACGAGUUGGCCCAGGCCGAGGUCAUGAUGAAAGGCAUGGGCAGCAAUGACCCCUUACAGUCAGUGUUACAAACCCUGGAGAGGCAGCACGAGGAGGAGAAGCGCUGCGCCCUGGAGCGGCAGAGGCAGAUGUAUGAGCAGGAGCUGCAGCAGCUCCGCCAGAGACUUACCCCUGAGAAACCCUCCCACCUCCUGGAUGCAUCAGGUCUCACGGUCAGUGCUGCUGCUGUAACAUCACCUAGCUCCACCAAAGGCAUGCGACGGUGGAGUGAAGACAGAGAGGCGAUGAUAACUCGCAGCUUGCGGCGUCUGAGGGAGCAGAUAGUUCGAGCCAACCUGCUGGCUCAGGAGGCCAGCUUCAUUGCAGAGGAACUUUACAAGAGAACUGAGUACCUGGUCACUCUUCAGAUACCUGCAACUAACCUGGACGCAAACAGGAAGCGUGAUGUGGUGCUGAGUGAGCCAGCGAUUCAGGUCCGUCGUAAAGGUAAAGGGAAGCAGAUUUGGGCUCUGGAGAAGAUGGAGAACAGGCUGGUGGACAUGAGGGAGCUCUACCAAGAGUGGAAGGACUUUGAUGAAGACAACCCUGUGAUGCGGUCCUAUUUCAAACGUGCCGACCCGUUCUUUGAUGAGCAGGAGAAUCACAGUCUGAUCGGUGUGGCCAAUGUUUUCCUGGCCUCCCUGUUCUACAACAUCAAGCUACAAUAUGCAGUGCCCAUCAUCAACCAGAAGGGAGAGGUGGCAGGUCGGCUGCACAUGGAGGUGUGGCAGGGUACAGAGGGCUCUGAGGAAGAGGUUCCAGGACAGUCUGACACUCAGCUGAGCAACACAGACGGAGACCCACAGGAACAUAAACUGGACUGUGUGAUGAAAAUCCUCCAGGCCACUGGUCUUCCUCGCCACCUGUCCAACUUUGUCUUCUGCCAGUACCACUUCUGGGGGCAGGAGGAGCCUGUGUUCAUUGCUCCAGAGGUGACGCCGUCCAGCUCAUCAUCUGCCUCUAGAGACCCUCAGUGCACUGUGGUCUUUGACAGUGUCAAGGAGUUGUCUGUGCCAGUGUCAGAUGACUUUGUGGAGUUUUUGGCUGAGGGGGCUGUGGCCAUUGAAGUGUAUGGCCACAAACAGGCCAACCACCGCAGAAACCUGGCACUCUGGGACCUCGGGGUAAUUCAAGCCAAGACCAGAUCCCUCAGAGAGAGGUGGAGUGAGGUGACCCGUCGACUGGAGUUGUGGGUGCAGCUAAUGGAGCUGAAUGAGGCUGGAGAGUUCACAGCUGUAGAGGUUCUUCCUGCCAAAGACAUACGCACUGGAGGAAUCUUCCAGCUUAGACAGGGUCAGUCCCGUCGGGUCCAGGUAGAGGUGCGUCCGGUGCCUGACUCAGGCACCAUGCCCCUCAUUACUGCUUCCAUCCUCUCUGUGUCCAUCGGAGACAUCAAGGUCCGACAGACAUGUCUCUCCAGAGGCAGUGAAUCGCAAUGGGGUGGGGAUGAAGAAAUGGACAGUUAUCAAGAGGUAGACCUGGAGAGGAUGAGGGAACAGUGGCUGGUCACGCUUACUCAGAGGCAGGAGUAUUUGGACCAGCAGCUACAGAAAAUAGUUUCCAAACCAGAUAAGUCAGAGGAUGACGUUGAAAGAGAGUCCCAGCUGCUGGAGUGUCGUCUGACUCUCACAGAAGAACGAAACGCUGUUCUGGUACCAUCACCUGGCAGUGGCAUCCCUGGAGCACCAGCAGAAACGAUUCCUGUCCCUGGAAUGGAAACAUACAUUCCUGUCCUGUUCUUGGAUCUCAGUGCUGAUGAUUUCCAGUCCAGUCUUUCAGCCCCAUUGGCUGGGGGGCUGGACGCGUUACUCAGUCAGGAGGAUGACGACGACUUCUUUGACCUUCAUAUUGUUAAACACUAUGAUCGAGAGGUGGAGGUGGAGGCUUCCUGGGAUGCGACGGUCCACGAGUGCCCCCAGCUGAGCCGUGUGGCGUCAGCUGAUCAGAGGGUCUACCUGACAGUCCGCACAGUGGUUCAGCUGAGCCACCCAGCCCACAUGCAGCUGGUCCUCAGGAAACGCAUCUGCGUCAACAUCGUUGGGAGACAGGGUUUUGCCCAGAGUCUGCUGAAGAGGAUGUCUCAGCGCAGCACCAUUCCUGGCUGUGGAGUCACAUUUGAAAUCAUCUCUAACAUCCCAGGGGACAUCCAUGGUCCAGAGGACAGGGAGAUGUUGGCCAGGCUGGCUGCCAGUGCUGAGGACGACCAGUCAGUUGACAGUGAGGCGGCCAUAGAGAAAUAUCUCCGUAGCAUCUUGGCUGUGGAGAACAUCCUCACUCUGGACCGUCUCAGACAGGAGGUGGCUGUGAGGGAACAGCUGGCAGUCAGAGGGAAACCUCCCAGACACUGCCUUAGCUCUCCAAACAUCAACCGGGGGGACAGCCACCAGGACCUUUCUGUGGUGCCUCUUCCAUUCAGACACACACUACCUAGUUCCAUAUCCCAGAACCUGAACCCAGAAACAGUGUAUUCAAGCUUUACUCAUCUCCCUCCAGUGAAGGCCGUACCCAAGCUGCUGAAGUCCCUGCUUCCUGGUGGGAAGGAAGAUAGUAGAGACCAGACAGUUGUCCAUCAGCAGGGCUCGACACGCAUCCUCGUGCAGUCAGCCAGUGUGGAAGAGGGAAUGAGCGAACAUCAGAAGCCAGUUCCCAUUGAGGAAAUCAUUCCUGCUAACAUCCAAACAGAGAGACUCAAAUCCAUUCCUCUCCCAUCACCAAUCAUCCUGGAAACAGAAGAAUCCACCCUCAGCCUGGUGAGCGAAGCAUCCAGUAGAUACACAUCAACCAGCAUAUCUACAGCAACCCUGUCAGAGGUCUACACAUUGAGCUGGGACCUGCCUCAGUCAUCUGACUUUGACAUGGUGCCAGACGAAGAAGAGGACAAUAAAGUCACACAAUCUGACACUCACCCUGAAUCUUUUCUUGUGGACCAAUCACAGCCUCAGGAGUCAUCGCAGGUUUUGAACAGCAAGACAGCUGCAGAAAGGACUGACUUGCAACUGUCCAAACCAAACGAUACUCCAUCAAAUUUAAAUCUGAGUCAACAAGAACCGAAUCAGUGUCCAUCGGUCUUGCUGAAGGAUCAAGGAGAGCCUGAUUCAACUGCAGAAUCAGACUUACCAGGCCAGACCAAUCAAAAGCAAGACUCCACAACUGACCAGAUUGGAUUAAACAAUUCUGAGCCACUCAAAGAUUCACUGGUAGUACAGGAGAAUGAAACCAAACAGGCAAAAUUACCCCAAACUUACCAGUCAAAAUCAGAGACCCCUAUGAGAGAACUUGAGCUAGCUGCGACAGGUAAGGAAGAAGCUGAAAUAUCACUCCUUGAUGAAACACAACUAUCUGCACAAGAACAACAAAGUCAGCUGGAAUCGAUAGUCCAACAGCCUCAGCAGCCCAAACAAGACAAAGCAACCUUUGACAGUGCUCAAGAUCAAGCUCAAAACCUAAUCCCGGCUUUGUCUGAAGACCCAGCUCCUGCUCCUCUUUCCAACAUUUGGCCUUCCAAACGUACUGCCUCAGCAGCCAAUCCUUUCAUGAUCCAGAGAGUAAAGUCUUCAGACCUCAAGUCCUUUCAUCGUAUUCUGGGUGAGGAGGAGAUCGGGCAUGUGGACUUGUCUAGCAGCUUAGGAACAGGACUCAACGUCUCUGUGCCAAUGGAAAGUCUGAAAAUCCUCUCUGACUCUGAGGAAGGAGAUGCAACUGUUACUACUAUUCUUCCUGACUGGUUGAAAGAAGGGGAGUUUGUGACUGUGGGGAACAAUAAGAGUGGUACUGUGCGAUAUGUGGGAUCCACAGAUUUUGCAGAGGGUACUUGGGUGGGAGUGGAACUUGAGGUACCAGCAGGAAAGAAUGAUGGCUCGGUAAGCGGUAAGCACUACUUCCACUGUAACCCUGGUUAUGGGGUGCUGGUAAGACCCGACAGAGUGACCCGUGGUGGUGCCAAACGGCGUCGCCAGCAUCAACAGCAAAAGCGCUGCAGUGCCAACCUGUCUGGAUCCAGCCCAAACCUGGCAGCCCUCACCACUCUGGCCAAAGGUGAAGCCAGUGGGGCAUCAACCAGCCACAGCAAAGGAGAGAACCGCAAGUCCUGGAACACUUGAGAGGCUCGGUAUCUGCUAAACGGCUAAUUGGUAGACACCCAAUCAGUCAUCACCCAGCAAUUGGUUGAUAUGCUUAUAGGAUAAAUUCUCAAUAAGAGUAACAAUACAGUGUUUUAUUUUGGGCAGAUUAACUUCAGAUUUCACUGUAUCUGGUCUUUUACUGUAAGUUUUGGUGACAAAAAGAUGAGUCACUCCAUGUUCCUUCAUUGGGAGAGGGAACCCAUCAGCUUUUUCAUCAUUUAUCAUAUGUUAAAAUGCUGUAUUACUAUUAUUACUAUUGUUACUACCUGAUGUACCUACUGAUUGAAAACUUAAGAGAAAUAUUGAAUGCCUUACAAAAUGUUAAUGUUUUGGGUAUGUACAUUCAAAUAACCAUUUCUCUAAUAAAUUUCAUUUUAAAGGGUGGAUCUAUCACUUUGGAAUGCAUUUAUUCCAGAGACAUUAGAUAACAAUCAAAGCACUGCCACAAAAUCAGCACAUUUUUUCUUUUAAUAUGUACUAUUUGCAUAAGGGUCAAAUAUUAAAAGUAUCUUAACUUCACUGGGUUACACCAGAUGACUCCAAAAAUUGCACAAAACCUUCACAUGCUCAUAUUUCUAGUAUUCAAAGGAUACUAUGCAGCUGUAUGUUUGGAUAAACUUCCAAAUCUCUUAAAUUGCUUGAUACCAAUCAAUUUUUUUCCUGUGCCUUGAAAUACUGUGACUUCUACUCAGCAAAUGUGCCUUAGUGAUAUACCACCAACAACAAUCAGUUUUGUUGGUAGGUUGAAAACUGUUCACUGUUAAAGAAACUUAUUUUAACUCUUGAAUGUGUAUUUGUACUGUUUUAAAAACAAACUUGCACUCUUUGCUGACAAAUUCUGAAAUCUUGCUUAUUUUUUUUUAAAAUCAGCUUUGUCCUACCAAGUAAAUGUGUGAAAGUUGAUUUAAAGUGACUUCAUUUUGUCUUUGAGGUGUGCAGCAAUUUUUGAAAUAUUUUUUUGCUAGCAAUUUAUUGAAUUAUACUGUGUUUAGGAGCAUUGUAAUUUUUACGUGGUAAAGAUACUUAAGGGAUUUUGUUUGUCGUAAUGCAUUUAGUAUUAAUUUUUGUCUGUUAAAUAAGAUAUUUUAUACAUAUGCAUUCAAGUUGAUCAUUUUGACCAGCUGGAUCCUAUUUAUUUAAAGAAGAUCAGAUAUUGUUGAUAAUGA